AUGAACACCGUGCUUCUGCUCGCCCUCGCUGCUAUUGUGACCACCGCAGACGCGGCCGCUCCUGCUGUCCCGACGGACCGUAUGGACCAGUUCCUCCAAGAAGGGGCCGCUCUUCGGUCCGAGUUGAAUGCGUGGAAGCAAAGCGAGGCUGGGCAGUACGCUAAGGAGCAUGGCUUCCUUCCCACUCCGUCCUCGAAAAACACGACCGACGAGGAACUGCGUCGUUUCUUCCUCUCGAAGCUGUUGGUCGAAGAUGCUCAAGCGGCGAACCCGGAUGCAGUUUUCUCCACUGACACGCCGUUUACGCUGCUGACGCACGAGGAGUUUGCCAAAUUUAUUGGAGAGUCCUACCAACGCGACUCUGGAGCUCUCAAGGCCACUUCGUUCGCUGAUGAAGUGCCGCUGAACUUGACUGCUUCCCCUACUGACAAAGACUGGACUACUUCGGGGUGUGUUGCUCCAGUCAAGAACCAAGGCGAUUGCGGUUCCUGCUGGGCAUUCGCAGCCGUGGCCGCUCUCGAGAGCGCCAUUUGCCUCUCUGGCAAGCCUCUCACGCUUCUGUCGGACCAGCAAGUGGUGGACUGCGACAAGACUUCGUAUGCUUGUGACGGAGGCUGGCCCAGCACCGCAUUGACCUACAUUCAACAAUCCGGUGGCGUCUGCACUCAGGAAGCCUACCCGUACGUGUCGGGCGACUUGGGCUAUCAUCAGACGUGCAAGUCGUCUUGCAGCCGUGAACCGGUGAACAUCCGCAAGGUGGUGGCGGUUCCUCGUACUGAUGCCGGAUUGGUCCAAGCCAUCAGCGCUCAACCCGUGGCUGUGGGUGUCGCGGCUGACAACCCCACGUGGAAGCAGUACAAGAGCGGCAUCGUGUCCUACUGCUCGACGACGCAGCUCGACCAUGCUGUGCUGGCUGUGGGCUACUCGCCGUCCUUCUUCAAGAUCAAGAACUCGUGGGGCACGCAGUGGGGCGAGGAUGGCUACAUGCGACUCAAGCGCGGCGCCGGCACCAGAAGCACCGGCACGUGCGGCAUCAUCGGUCCCUUGUCCGUCUACCCUCAACUGUAGAUGAGCUGACAGAUAGCCAACUUCAACGUUUAUGUUGAAUUGUUCGUGACCUCAUGUUUCUAACAGCAAAAACAAUCACUUUUGAGUUUAA